AUGGCACCCAUCGACCUCCGCCUCCCCGCCAAGCCCCCCGCGGUGAAGUUCCCAGAUGUCAACUUUAAGGAACUUCACCGAGGAAUCGGUAUCCCGAUUCCCCCGGCUUUCUCUCCUCCCUCUCCUCCCACCUCCUCCCCCCUCGCCACGUCUGCCCCUCUGGGAACUCACCAGACGUCGGCGGGCGACUUGUACCCGUCGCCCGAAUCCGCCUCUUCUCUCGAGGCUUUCGGAGAUCGUCGACGCCCCCACGACCGACACCGUGGACGACGAGAGAGAGAUGUUGCGGCACGCAACCAGGGCAGUAGGGCCCAAGCCUCCCACCGACAACGCUCUCCGUACGAGAGCUCCUCGCCUUGCCAGCGAGGCCAAGUGGGACGCCGCCACCGCUCGACAAGGACUUCUCGCCGAGCAUCUCCGCGUUCCCCCUCUCCCACCAGCCACCUCUCUGCCGCAGCCAAAGAGCGGCAAGAAGUACACGAGUACUUCUUCUCGUGCCUGCGCACCGGCAGCACGGAGCUCACGGCAGAGGAGCAAGAAUUCCUGGUGGGAUACCUCUCGGUGUCGCGGGAAGACGAGCGGGAGCUCGUGCGCGGCCUGGUCAGGCAGCUUGAGUGGUCAGGGUGCAGUGUCGCCCUGAUCUACAAGCUCGCCGCGUGGAUUCAUUUCCACGACGGUUGUGACCAGACCGUUGUCGGGCUCCUGACGAGCCGUCUCUCCCUCCCCGAUGCCCUCGAUCGGAUGAGAUCCAUCGAGAAGGAGGAGGAACUGGUGAUGUGCCGAACUAUAAUCGGCAUCAGCGAGAAGCGGCUCGCUAAGCGAGGCCGCCAGUAG